ACAGUCUGGGGUCUCUGCGCCUUUCACAGAACUUCCAACAGUGUUAUGUUGGGACAGAGCAUCCAGAAGUUCACAACCUCUGUGGUCCAUAGGAGCCACCAUGAGGAGGGCCCAGGGAAGAAUUUGCCAUUUUCAGUGGAAAACAAGUGGCGGUUACUAAUUAUGAUGACUAUGUACUUUGGAUCUGGAUUUGCUGCACCUUUUUUUUUUUUAUAGUAAGGCACCAACUGCUGAAGAAAUAAGGAUGUUUUAAUUAAUCCAUUAAACAGAUGUGAAAAGGAGCAUUUUAAGAGGUGCAGUCUCUUUGAAAAAUGGAUCAAAGUCUUGAAUUCCUCAUACUCAAUAUGUUUGUAAAUAAACUUACGACAUGAAAAAAAAA